AUGGGGAACAUCUUUACUGGCCUCUUCAAAGGCCUCUUUGGCAAGAAGGAGAUGAGGAUCCUAAUGGUAGGCCUGGAUGCUGCAGGGAAGACUACCAUUCUUUACAAGCUCAAGCUCGGAGAAAUUGUCACCACCAUUCCCACCAUCGGUUUCAACGUGGAGACGGUUGAAUACAAGAACAUCAGUUUUACCGUGUGGGACGUGGGCGGCCAGGACAAAAUCCGCCCGCUGUGGCGCCACUACUUCCAGAAUACCCAAGGUCUGAUCUUCGUGGUGGACAGCAACGACCGGGAGCGCGUAAACGAGGCCCGCGAGGAGCUGGCGAGAAUGCUGUCUGAGGACGAGCUCCGAGAAGCCGUUCUGCUGGUUUUCGCCAACAAACAGGACCUGCCUAACGCUAUGAACGCCGCCGAGAUCACGGACAAGCUGGGCCUGCACUCGCUGCGCCAGCGCAACUGGUACAUCCAGGCCACGUGCGCCACCAGCGGCGACGGCCUCUACGAGGGCCUCGACUGGCUUUCCAACCAGCUCAAGAACCAGAAAUGAGCGCUCCUUUUCUUGUUUCUUUGUUCUCUUUCCGCACACCGCGCCGGCGCCCCCACUCCCUUGCUCCGUCUGACCCCCGCCCAGCCCCCACCUGCAAUCCCCCCGCCCCACACUUGUUACGGGGGUCCGCUGUGGGCUGGGAUGGGAGUAACAAUGGUGUCCUUUCACACCCCAAUCUCCCUCUCAGUCUGCACGCACACCCCACCACCCCCUUCCCCUUCCCAGAGGAAGCAUGGUUUUCAAUACCCGGCCCCCCUUCACUUUAUUAAACGCCUGAUUGCUAGAUGUCAUUUCAUUCCUGUAAGAAGCAUUUAACCUGUAUCAGGUCAGAGUUCACACGCCCGCUCCCCGUGCUGUCACCCAUGAAAAUCAUGCUGUCUCUGGAAUCAGCCCCUUGGCCCCACCCCACCCCAGCACAAGGCGCGUUUGUGGGAGGAGUCCACAAGACUGUGUGACGAGCUUCAUUGUCAACAUUUCAAACCAACUUUUUCUUUUUCUUCUUGUCGUUCUUCUCGUUCUUCCUGUCACGCGAUUCUACUUGUACUUUUGACCGCGCAACCAACCAAAAGCAUCCCAGCUGUUUUGACUCCAACAAACAAAAAGGAAAGGAA